UGAUUGUUGCAGCGGAGCAGGAGGAACAACAGGUUGCUAGCUAGUCAUGGCGGCCAUCAUCGCAGCCACCACCAGCAGGAGGAGCGACUCUGUAGCCUCUCCUCGAUCGGUGGUGCUGUGAUUGUGAUGGGUUGCUACGAGCUGUUACGAGUAGAUCCUGGCAUUUGGCUUUGUCGUUUGCCUUGUUCGGGGCUGUUUGGUUUUUGGGUGGUUAGUUAGUUUAGUGGUGGAGAUUGUACUUGCGUUUGUUAAAGAAUCGGUUUUGGUGGUGGUGGUGGUGGUGGUGGAUGCUGUGCGUCCGCGCGGAGGACGCCUUGGCCGCCGCUGCAGCCGUGGCCGUGGCGUCCGACAAGAUGCGCUCCGUGACCUUGGGCGGCACGAUCCAGAGGGCGAUGCGGAGGAUCGGCGGCGGCGGCGGCGGCGGCGGCCGGAGAUCGGCCGGGUCGAAGGGCGCGCCGCAGCGAGCGGAAUGCCUGGCGCCGGGGAGCGGCGCCGACGCGUCGGCGAGCUGCUCCGCGGAUGAUAGCAGCAAUUGCACUGACAAGAGGGAUGCAAGCCGAAGGGUAAGGAUGCGGCUGUACAGAUCGGAGCUAGAGCAGGAAGUAGAAAAACUACAGAGGCAACUUGAAGAAGAGAUUGACUUGCAGUUGGCAUUAACAGAUGCCAUCACAAAUAAUGCCACACUGUUACUUGAGCCUUCUGCUAAGCUUCCAAAUAAGGCACAGGAACUAAUAAUUAGCAUAGCCUCCUUGGAGAAUAUUGUCUCAAAACUUGAAGAGGACCUAAAUGAAUUAUGUUACCAACUGUGUCAUUUGAGGAAUGAUACACUAGUUGCAGAAAGUAAUUCCAGAUGCUUAGAAACUCUAGCUGAAGAAAACAGUUCGAGAAGUUUACUGUCUACAUCAUUCCAGUACCAAACACUAACUUGUAAAUGUAUAGAGGAGGAGCACAUAUCAACACUAAGAGAUCCGAAGCUUGGAGAAUCUGAAUCAAUGCAAGAAGGUUUUUUCCUUGGGAUUGGAGACCAACAAAAUGUUCAAAAAGAGAGUGAGGAGAUAGAGCUGGUGUCUCGAGAUGGGCUUCUCGAAAAACACCGGGAUGAAGAGAUAAAAGAAUCCAAUUCUAUGGAAAAUGGAGGCAAAGAAGAUCAGACAGUAGAUGCAUUAUCAUUUGACCAAUCUUGUCAGAAGAAAAACAGCAUUUAUGGUAAUGUGUGGAAUGACAAUCCAAAUAAGCUCUCUGAAGAGAUGGUGCGCUGUAUGAGAGAUAUCUUCCUUCGUUUAUCUGAAUCAUCAUCCGAGAUAUCACCAAAGGGGUCUUCUAAUAAUUCGAUUUCAUCAGCAGAACGUCUAUCUGGCUGUACAUUGACAUCUAUAUCAGAUUCAUCCUUAAUGGCAUCAGUGAUGCAAAGCCCUUCAAUUGACUCAAACCAUGACAGUAUUUAUGAAGUUAGAUGCUUUGAUCCCUACAAAGUUAAUGGCAAGGAGGUUCGAAGAGACAUUGGGAAUUAUUCUUCAGUAGCUGAGGUGUCUUGGAUGUAUGUUGGCAAGGAACAACUUGCAUAUGCAUCCGAAGCUUUGAAAAAUUUCAGGAUUCUCGUGGAGCAACUAUCCAAGGUUGACCCUACAUGUAUGAAUUGUGAUGAGCGGUUAGCAUUUUGGAUUAAUCUGUACAAUGCAUUGAUAAUGCAUGCAUAUUUGGCCUAUGGGGUUCCUGAGAACGACAUUAAGCUCUUCUCGCUGAUGCAAAAGGCGUGUUACAUGGUCGGUGGGCAGUCAUUCAGUGCAGCAGAAAUUGAGUUUGUGAUUCUGAAGAUGAAGACUCCAUUACAUCGACCACAACUUUCGUUGAUGCUGGCUCUUCACAAGUUCAGAGUUACUGAGGAGCACAAGAAAUUUUCAAUAGAUGACGCAGAGCCCCUCGUGUUGUUUGCGCUUAGUUGUGGGAUGUUCUCAUCACCUGCUGUCAGGAUUUUCUCAGCGGGGAAUGUUCGACAGGAGCUUCAGGAAUCAAUGAGAGACUACAUCCGAGCAUCGGUUGGUAUAAAUGACAGCGGAAAGCUCAUCGUCCCGAAGCUGCUUCAGAGCUAUGCCAAGGGCACCGUGGAGGACUCCCUGCUCGCCGACUGGAUCUGCCGUCACCUGACACCAAACCAGGUCGCGGCUGUUCAGGACACCUCUUCGUCGCGAAAACAGCGGCUUCUUGGAGUGUGCAGCUUUAGCGUGGUUCCAUUCGACUCAAAAUUCCGGUAUCUCUUCUUGCCUGACAAGAACUGUUCCCAGCACUGAAUCAAGCUGCCCUUUUGCCAAUGUUCAGAAAGACACCAAGAGUAGUAGGCAUUUUGAUAUACUGGAAAGAAAAUAUAUGAAUUAAUCAGCUGUACAUGUUGUAAAUCCUAGGGUGAUUCUUUUGGCUUGUAAAGAUUGUCAGUUCGUUUGUAAACUGUGGUAUAAAGGGUUGUUUAUAAUUUGCCUCUUUUUAGCAGAUUGUCACUUCAAUCAAGAUGGUAGAGCAGACAGUUUUUCAUCAUCUGGUAGCUCCCUGCUGUCCUGAUUGUAGCAGCCCCGACCGUCAUGAUCAAAAGACGACAGUGUGUUGGCAUGACCAUCUGCAUUAUUGCAUAGCACUAGCGAAUGCUUGUUAAGACUUGAGAGUUAGUAAGGCAUUCUUUUGUAAGCAGAGAAAAGGUACCAUCUUUUGACUUU